UCCCCGUUCCCGCUCCGUCCCCGUUCCCGCUCUGUCCCCGCCGCCGCCGUGGCCAUGUCCUUCGUGGAGCUGCUGGCCCGGCUGGGCGGGAUGGGCCGCUUCCAGGUGACGUACGUGGCGGCGCUGGCCGUGCCGCUGCUCAUGCUGGCCAGCCACAACCUGCUGCAGAACUUCACCGCCGGCGUCCCCGAGCACCACUGCCGGCCCCGCGCCCCCAACGCCAGCGCCGGACCCGUGCCCCUGCUCGUGGCCGUGCCCCUGGACGGACACCGGCGGCCCCAGAGCUGCCGGCGCUACGUGGAGCUCCAGUGGCACCUCCUGGAGGCCAACGGGUCCACCAGUGGGGUGGCCAACGGGGUGGCCAACGGGGUGGUCAACGGGGUGGUCAAUGGGGUGGCCAACGGGGUGGCCAACGGCACGGCCGGCGACGCGCCCACCGAGCCGUGCCGCGAUGGCUGGACCUACAUGGACGGCGUCUUCACCGACACCAUCAUCACCGAGUGGGACCUGGUGUGCGAGUCCAAGCGGCUGCGGCAGCUGGCCCAGUCCAUCUACAUGGGCGGGAUCCUGCUGGGAUCGGGGCUCUUCGGGGUCCUCUCCGACAAGUGCGUGG